AUGGCGCACUCAAAGCGCAACACCUCCCUCCCCCAUUUUACAUCCUACGAACGAAGCCUCCUUCGUAACAGCUGGGGCACAAAACGCAGCGUAAUAGGCCGCGACUCCUUCCUCCCCUUCGCCUCCUGCAAACUAUGUCUCCAACCAGCCCGCACACCCGUCAGCUGCGCCAACAACGGCGACUUAUUCUGUCGCGAAUGCGCAAUUAAUGAUCUCCUUGCUCAGCGACAGGAGAUCAAGCGAUUAGAGCGUGAGAGAGAUGAUGCGAAGAAGAGGAUUGCAGAGGAUGAUAUGCGGGUUCAGGAACAGGCGAAAAAGGACGAGGUCGCUAAUUUUGAACUUGUCUCGAUGGGUCUUGAGGGGGAAAGAAAAGAAAGGUUGAUUAUGAUUAUGAUGGGGGAAGGACAUGUGAAAGAAAAUGCGAUUGAUAAUGGGAAUGGAAAUGGAAAGAGGGUUAAGGGUGAUGAGCCUAAAUCCGCGCUUCCUUCUUUCUGGGUUCCGUCUUUGACGCCCUCGACGGAUGCUAAUGAGAUUGCGGCGAGUAAGACUGUGAAACUUGCGCCGGUUUGUCCUGGUUCGUCGGAGACGCAGACACAUUCUUAUUCAUUGAAGGGAUUGGUUGAGGUGCAUUUUACAGAGGAGAAGGCUACGGAUGGGUCUGUUUCGAGAAUUUGUCCUAGUUGCAAGAAGAAUCUUAGCAAUGGACUUAAAGCUAUGCUUACGAAACCAUGCGGUCAUGUUAUUUGUUCACCUUGUGUUAGCAAAUUUAUGACGCCGAAUGAUACGCCGGAUCCGCAUGCUUCGAAGGAAGAACAGGAGGCUCAUUCUCGGAUUUUGUGUUACGUCUGCGAGACUGAUUUGACGGAAGUUGGGGAGAAGGAGAAAGACGGGAAGAAGAAGUCGAAGAAGAAGGAUAAAGAAGGCAUUAAGCCUGGGCUUGUGGCGAUUAGUUCUGAGGGAACUGGAUUCGCGGGUGGUGGUGGGAAUGUUGGGACAAAGAGUGGAGUUGCCUUCCAAUGCUGA